CAAGCGUCAAACAGUCUGGAUUCUCGUAGUUCUCAUGCUAUCGCUAAGUGAGUUUGUCAACACACUUCAUCUUUAUACGUUUGGAGAACUCCUCUAAAUGGUGUGAAACAUGGCAGCUGCCGUAAAUCCGCUGGCUAACCCCAAAGGUGGCAAGAAGUUAUGCGAAUUAUGUCAGAAGCCCGCGUAUCUUCAGUGCACGAAAUGCCGUGUGACUUUCUACUGUGACGUGAGCCAUCAGGAAGCUGAUUGGCUGAGCAUCCACAACAGGGUGUGUCAGAUGCUGGUCGCCGUGAGAACGCCCGCCCCCUUCCACUCACUACAGGCUGAGAGAGACCUGCACCGCGCAGAGAUACGCCGAGCACAGGAGCUGCUUAUAAGUGUGUGUGAGGAGGAAGCUCGGCGCUGGCUGUUCGAGGGCCAGUGUGUGGAGGCGUUGCCCGCGGCGAGGCUUUGUUUACGCAUCGCCAUGGACACACAUGGGCCCAACGCCAUACAGCUGGUCUCACCAUACCUGCUACUGGCAGAAGCCAACGUGGGUCUGGGUAACCUGCCUCUUGCUCAGGAGUACCUGUCCCAGGCUGAGUGGACUGUGUUGAACGCGCCCGACUGCAGUGGAGCCCUGAGGCACCGCCUCCACCGCAACAUGGGGAGCCUAUACAUGACUACAGGAGAUAUGGACAACGCACUGCUACACUACUCUAAUGACGUGUAUUUCGCCAGUGAGGUGUUCGGUCUUGACAGCAUAGUGACGUGUGGAGGAUAUUUCCUGAUGGCCGGAGUCUUCCAGAAGCAGAACAAGAACGACAUCGUCACAUCACUUUAUAAGAAGGUGUGUGACUGUUGGCAUGGCUACCUCAGUAAGCUGAUGGAGAGCAGGAUGAAAUCAUCAGUCCAGACACCACUCAGUGAGGUGGAGCGAUGUGAAGGCGAUCGCACUCUGAGUGUGAUGCUGGAGGAGCACGAGAGGAUGACUCUUGACCACGCCCCCGACUCACCAGGACACACUCCUGACUCCUCCCCUAUUGCGUUAAGCUCCGCCCGCCUGCUGCACGCUCUCGCCAUGCUCUGGACCCUCGCAGGCUCAUUCACCAAGGCCCAUCAGUACUGCGUGAGAGCGCUGGAAGAGAGCGAGAGAGAGAAGACUGCACAGCUGACAGCAGCCAUCAAGGAACUACUGACCUGGACACAGCAGCCCACACACACACACACACUCACCAUCACACAGUAGACACACACACACAUACACUCGCACAGUAGACACACACACACACACACACACACUCACAGUAGACACACGCAC